AUGAAUUCUCAUCCCAAGCGUCCAUCCUUUGUCUACCUUCUAUAUACUCAGCUUAUAUAUUAUCUGUUCAUUCUAUGCUUCAUUCCUGGCAGCAAUGCCGCUAAACAGCAACCCUUGAGCUCGUUCGGAGAGAACAUUCCCAAGAAAGUCGCGAUCAUCGGCGCUGGAGCUGCAGGAUCAUCGGCUGCAUACUCUCUCCGCAAGUACGCUGAUGCCCAACAUGUUCCCGUCAACAUCACUGUCUUCGAGCGCUCUUCGUAUGUUGGAGGCCGCUCAACCACGGUCAACGUCUUCGACCACCCGGGCUACCCAAUUGAACUGGGGGCCUCGAUCUUUGUUAGCGUCAACUACAACCUGGUGAAUGCGUCCAGAGACCUGGGACUCAACGCCCGGAGCGCCAGCUAUGAGCGACCCCGAGAGACCGACGACACCAUCGGCAUCUGGGACGGGGACCAGAUGGUGUUCGUGUUCAAAGACACCUCUGGCUGGUGGAACCUUGCCAAGUUGCUUUGGCGAUACGGAUUGGCACCGGUCAACGCUUACCGACUGAUGAAGUCCACCGUCAACAAGUUCCUGCAACUCUACGACGGACCCAUGUUCCCUUUCCGGUCCCUCACCCAAGCCACCGAGGCCGUCGGGCUCCUUAACACCGUCGCCGUGCCCGGAUUGGAAUUCCUGCGGCUCAACCGCAUCUCCGAUCUCUUCUCCCGCGAGAUCGUCCAAGCCAGCACGCGCGUCAACUACGGACAGAACCUAGGCCUCAUCCACGGCCUUGAGACGAUGGUCUGCCUCGCCACCGACGGCGCCAUGGCCAUCGAAGGCGGCAACUGGCAGAUCUUCGACGGCAUGCUCAAGGCCUCCGGGGCCUCCGUGCGUGUGAAUCACACCGUCACAUCCAUCAACUGGGACGCCCCAGGCCAGCAGCACCGUCCCGCAAGCCUCACAUUCAAGGCUAGCAGCACCUCGUCUUCAGCUCAGACCGAAGAAGAAGACUUUGAUGAAAUCAUCAUCGCUGCCCCUUUCCAGUUCACCGACAUCACCACAACCCCACCCCUGCAGAUCACCCCCGACGAUGUCCCCUUCGUAAAACUGCACGUAACCCUCUUCUCCUCCCCGCACCGCCUCUCGCCAGCCCACUUCAACCUUUCCGGUCCCAACACCCCAGAAACCAUUCUCACCACCCUCCCCCACGACCUGGACCCUACCGUAGGCAAAGCCGAAAAGGGCGUCGGCCCCGCCAACUUCUGGAGUAUUAGUACCCUCCGCACCGUGGACGACCAACCACAGCCGGAAGAGCACUACGUCUAUAAGAUCUUCUCCCCCGAACGCCCUACCGCCGCCUUCCUACGCUCGAUCCUCGGGCUCGCGGACCCACUAGAGGACAUCAGUUGGUUCCAUGAGAAGGUCUGGCGGCCUUAUCCGUUCGUCUACCCGCGAGUGACCUUCGAGGAGAUCGCGCUGGCGCCCCACGUAUGGUAUACGGGGGGCAUCGAGAACUUCAUCUCGACGAUGGAGACGAGCGCGUUGAUGGGGAAGAAUGUGGCGGCUUUGAUGGUGAAGGAGUGGGAGGAACAGAGGGAGAAGGCCGAUGCGGCGAUGGGGUCAAUGGGGUUCAGUCAGUUUGGGGAUGGUAAGGUUGAGCUGUGA